AUGUUGCCAAAGACUGAGGUAAGAAGGGCGGCGACGGCGAUAUUCCAUAUCACAGCCGCCUUGUAUUUACAAUGCCGCCCCACCACUGUAUUUGGUCCGAUCACCGAUGUGUCCGAUGUGCGAAUUCUCAGGCUACCAAUACAGAACAGAACGUUUGGAAAAACAGGAACGCCUGAAAAGUCUGACUUCGAGCUGACUUCAGAUAUUUCAAAAUUUUUUCGACCUCGCAGUAGUCGCGAUGGAGAAGGGUCUUCAUCUUACUCUCAGUCUCAGCCCGAUCCUACCUCGGAAGAUGCGGACAUAAUCAUUGCUGUCGAAGACGGAGAUAGAGGUCGAGCUGAAGAAAUGUCGGAAACGACGGAAACUGUGGAGUUUGUUGCGACUGCGUCUGUACAAGAAAAUAGUGUCGAAGACCACCAUGAUGAUUGUGCUAUUGACCUUCAAAAAAUGUUUGAUCUUGCAAAGUGGCCAAAUAUCAUUAGCGAUAAUUUGAAAAUAUUAAUCGUGAAGAAAGUUCCUUGUCAAGUUAGGAAUGUAAUUUUUCCUGAAGACCACGGGAGGGCCUUUUCAGAGAAUUAUUACGUCAAGAGAUUGCAUAACGGUGGAGUCUGUACUGUAUAA